CAUGUGACAGUGGUAGUGGGCACAUCUCUCGCUCUUCGGUCCUGUCAUUAACAGGGACUUGAGAAGAUUGGUAUACCCUACUAAAUCUUUACUAAAGGUAGUGUGGCUAUUUGUGAAGAUCUAUUGAAUGAACCUCCAAAUGCAUCCUUGGAUAUGGAAAGAGUAAUCCCUGAGUAAAAGAUGGCAAGAGAAGAAUGAGGAGGAAGGGAAACAGGAGGUAAGAGAAAAGGAACGAGAGAAAGCUGAGGCAUAAAAAGUGAAAAGAACUGAGAAAUAUCACUUCAACUUCCUGUCCACAUCACAAGUACUCCAUGUCUUACAUACCUGGAUAUACAGGUCACGUGGCUGGAAAACGGGCAGACUGCGGACGACGGACCAGCAUACUGGCUUCCCAUAAUGCACUGCGACGUCCUCCAACUCCCACUCCAGCGAUGUGUAUUCGUCUUGAUGACCUGAUGGCGUUGAAAAGCUACGAAGCGCACACAAGGGACAAUUACCAUGGGCUGCCACUACCCGUCCUUAGAAGCAGGCUGGACCACACCCCUACCUCUACCCACCUACUUCUGAUAACAACUCAGACGCACAGGAAUAUUUUAAAUACAUAUGCUGGAUCACAGUAUGAGUUUUUGUAUUAAUUAGAAAAUUACUAUCGUUA